CGCGCCGCUCGGUGCGGGGCUGUGCGGGUCACGCCGCAGCGUCGCCUCGGGCCCUCAGCGGCAGCGCUGCCGUGGCAGCAGGAGCGGGACAGGCCCGUCCCCGCUGCUGGCAAUGCUGGGGCUGCUCCAGUGCUGGGGGCCGGUCUGUCAAGCAGGACAUGAGGGGCUGGAGGGUGUCCAGGGAGGGAAACAGAGCUGGGAAGGGGCUGGAGCCCCAGGAGGGGCUGAGGGAGCUGGGAAGGGGCUCAGCCUGGAGAAAAGGAGGCUCAGGGGGGACCUUGUGGCUCUGCACAGCUCCUGACAGGAGGGGACAGCCGGGGGGGUCGGGCUGUGCUCCAGGGAACAGGGACAGGAGCAGAGGGAACGGCCCCAAGCUGUGCCAGGGGAGGUUUAGGUUGGAUAUUGGGAGAAUUUCUUCAUGGAAAGGGUGGGCAGGCACUGCACUGCUCCAGGGCAGUGGUGGGGUCCCCAUCCUUGCAGGGAUUUAGAAGCUGUGUGGAUUUGGUGCUUAAAGACAGGUUCAGUGCUAGGGGAAUGGUUGGACUCAUUGGUCCGAGAGAUCUUUCCCAGCCAUAACAAUUCCAUGUCUGACUGUGCCCUCAGUGCUGGGAUCUCUGUGCUGGCUCAGGGAGGAGCAGGGCAGCUCUGUUGUGCUGCCGUGGGUGCUCAGCAAAGCUGCAGAAGGGUUUCUGCCGUGGCUUUAGGUGCUUUCCCAGCACGGUGGUUUCAGCAGGUGGGAUUUCAGAGCCCUUCAAAGCAACCAUGGGCAGCUGGCUGUGGCUUGGCCUGUCCUGCUUUUCCAGGAGCUGCUGUCCCACUGGGGACUGAGGCACGGGAGGACCUGGGCCAGGUGCUUCAUGGCAGGCUCUGGCUCGGGGCUGAGCUGAGGGACAUGGUUCAGGGGUUACAGUCCUGAGGCUGCCUCUUUGUGGGGAGUAGAAGCCUGCAAAGAUAAACUUCAGGCAGAUGAGACUGGAGCUGAGGUUCCCUGUCACAUCCAGUGCAGUGGCCCUGUGUGGGAGCUGGGAGCUGGUGUGCCUGUCAGGCUCUGCCCAGGGAAGGAGCCUCAGGAAAUCUGAACAACAUCCCUGCUGGGCUGGGAGACAGGCGGCUGCUUCUGAUGCCCUGUGCAGGCUGCCCUAGAACAGAGGCUGGACAGAAUAAAGAAUAAAGCAGGGAUUUAUUAAAAGGAUCUCCUCAAUGGAUCCACCUUGGGCAGCACAAGAGCCCAGCCAGGGCUGCACCCAAAAUGAACCAAAAUGGUCACAAAAUGCAUGACCACUCACGGGGUCUCUCACUUUUAUAAGUUCUGCUCAUUUGCAUAUUGGAGUUAAUUGUCCAAUUACAGCCCCAGCCCAUGCAGUCCCAUCCUCCUUGUUUUUCUGUCUUCAGUCCAUGCUGUUUGUGCUCUUGGGCCUGAGAUUUGGAUCAUUUGUCCUUGGCCCCCAGCUAGAGAAGGAAUUGUUUAGUCUCCCUACUCUGUGCAGAGAGCUUACCAUCCCCUAGUGUGAAGCUCAGAAGUUCACACUGAAGCAGCACAGAAUCUGAAAAACUGAAAAGCCAAAACCUGAGGCAUCACUUCCCUUCUGCCUGUUGUCCUUGAGGCCAGCUGGGACAGCGUACCUGCGUGGGGCCGGCAUGGCGCGGCGCCCUCGCAGCAGCCGGGCCUGGCGCUUCGUGCUGAGCGGCGUGCGGCGCGAGCCCGAGCGCGGCGGCGCCCGCGCCUGGGGCUGCGACUCCGACGGACAGCAGCACAGCGACUCGGAUUCGGAGCCCGAGUUCUCCUCCCUGUCUCCCUCCAUCCCAAGUGCCAUCCCUGUGACUGGAGAGUCCUACUGCAACUGUGAGAACCAGAGUGAAGCUCCCUACUGCUCCAGCCUGCACGCCCUGCACCGCGUCCGCGACUGCCGCUGCGGCGAGGAGGACGAGUAUUUUGACUGGGUGUGGGAUGACCUGAACAAGUCGACGGCCACGCUGCUGACGUGUGACAACCGCAAGGUGAACUUCCACAUGGAGUACAGCUGUGGCACGGCCGCCAUCCGCGGCAACAAGGAGCUGGCAGAGGGCCAGCACUUCUGGGAGAUCAAGAUGACCUCCCCGGUGUAUGGCACUGACAUGAUGGUGGGGAUUGGGACGUCAGACGUGAACCUGGACAAGUACCGCCACACCUUCUGCAGCCUGCUGGGCAAGGACGAGGACAGCUGGGGCCUCUCUUACACAGGACUGCUGCAUCACAAGGGGGACAAAACAAACUUCUCCUCAAGGUUUGGCCAAGGCUCCAUUAUUGGGGUGCAUUUGGACACGUGGCACGGGACACUGACGUUCUUCAAGAACCGCAAGUGCAUAGGGGUGGCAGCCACAAAGCUGCAGAACAAGAAGUUUUACCCCAUGGUGUGCUCGACGGCGGCCAAGAGCAGCAUGAAGGUGAUCCGGUCCUGCGCCAGCCGCACGUCCCUGCAGUACCUGUGCUGCUUCCGCCUGCGCCAGCUCCUGCCCGACUACGUGGACACGCUGGAGGUGCUGCCCCUGCCCCCAGGACUCAAGCAGGUGCUGCACAACAAACUGGGCUGGGUCUUGAGCAUGAACUAUAGCACAUCGAAGCCUUCCUCCUCCUCAUCCUCGGGGAGCGACUCGGACAGCUCGUGCGGCUCGGAUGCCGAGGCCUGCCAGAGGAAGAGGUGCAGGAGGACAUGAUGGCUCUGCACACCACCUGGGUGGGGGUUUCUUGUGUUGUCUGCAAGGGCCAGUCAAGCCUGAUGCACCUCUUCCUUCUGGGGACAUCCAUUUCUGUGUGUUGGCAAAGAUUUCUUCAGUGCUGUGGAAAUCUUUGGCCUCGACAUCCAUCACAGGCACUUAGAAGAGCUGCUGCUCCAAGAGAUGCCAGUUCUGACACAAGAAAUUUGUGGUGAAAUAUCUGAGCUUCAUCUCCUGACUUGCUAUGGAGGCCAGCACCUCUUCCUGAAGGAUCUCUCUUCUCCCUGUUGGCACAGACAAUGUUUAAGAAAUUUGACUUGAUGACAGGAGUUGGACUUGAUAAUCUUCAUGGCUCCCUUCCAGCUCAGGAUGUUCAGGCAGUCUCCUGGCUGGAGUGUGCUGGAUUCCAGUCAGACACAGGACCUGACUCACUGAGCCACAGUCCCAGGCCAUCCUCUCCUCUCUGUGUGUGUAGGGUUGGUGUCUGCCAUGACCUCGUCCCACUCUGGGGCACAGUGGAGCAGCAGCUGCAGGGAAAGGGCCCCCAGAGACACUGCUGGGAGCAGGGACAGGAGCUGAGCUGUGCCUGGUGUUCCUCGAGCCCCUGGGACUUUUAAUUGCUUUGCAUGUUGGUUUCUGCUCUUCUCCUCUGUCCAAGACUGUGCUAAACUGUAACAAUAAACGUAGAAGCUGUC